GUUGCAUAGAUCUGGGCCAACAAUCUGGGAAUAUGCGCUGCGAGGAAGAUAUACCUUUACAUAGAUAGAAAAAGACCUCCAACAACUGUGACUUGUUUUUUGUGUCAACGACGAACGAGAAGACUGUAUUUUUCAAAUCAAAAUUUACAUUUUACGAUUAGAAUUAAUUAGAUUGUCCCGAAUUACACUUAUUCAGAAUUUCCAAAAUGGGAGACGAACCUGUUAUGGCAACUAACGACGAUGCUAGUGAAUGUAAAAGGGGCGCCGUACUUUUAGGUUACUGGACUGACGACUAUAUUUCAUAUUUUGUAAAGAACGUAGAAAAACGAGCCCCGGAAAUCAAUAGAGGCUACUACGCUCGAGUCAAAGGUAUUGAAAAUUUCAUACAAAAGUUCAUCAAUAAAGCUGGUAGUUCAGCGCAAAUCAUUAAUUUUGGAUCAGGUUUUGACACUUUAUACUGGAAGUUAAAAGAUGAAGGCGUUCAAAUUGCUAAUUAUGUAGAGAUAGACUUUCCCUCAGUAACAUCAAGGAAGUGUUAUAUGAUAAAGCGAAACAAACCUUUAUUGGACAGAAUACACAAUCAAGACGGAGAAAUUAAACUGAGCCAAACUGAUCUACAUGCUGGUAACUAUCACUGUAUCGGUGUAGAUAUACGAAACAUAGCUCAGCUUGAAACGAAGAUUCAACAGGCCGAAGUUAAUUUUGAGCGACCAACCCUUUUUCUUGCUGAGUGUGUGUUAGUCUACAUUGAAAAUGACUGUGUUAAUAGGUUGUUAAAGUGGAUAUCUUCGAAAUUUAAGUCAGGACUCUUUGUAAACUAUGAAAUGUGUAAUAUGAAUGAUACAUUCGGAGAGGUCAUGUUGGGCAAUCUACGAGCCAGAGGUUGCAACUUAGCUGGUAUUGCCCACUGCAAGAAUCUGGAUAUGCAGAAGGCAAGAUUCCUAAAUAAUGGUUGGAUGGGGUCAACAGGAUGGGACAUGGUACAAGUCUACUAUGCGUUUACUGAAACCGAGAGGCACAGGAUUGAAAAAAUCGAGUUUUUGGAUGAGCAGGAAUUGCUGAUUCAACUCUUUCAACAUUACUGCAUUUGUAUAGGUUGGUUAAGUAUCGAAUUUUCUGAAUUUACUUGUAGUGUUGAUUCUAACUUUUGAAGUGAUUUUUUCUUAACAUUUUGUAAUUAAAAAUUAUUAGGUAUAUGGUUUAUUGUGUACAUAAAAAUAUGAAGUAUUGAAGUUUUUAAAUAUCUUAGAAGGUUGUUUUUGUAUUCAUUACAUUUACUUAAAUAUUAUAGUAAUUCAUUUUUGUAAUAUUCAUUUUAUAUUAUACAAGAUUAUCCUCCUAACCCAUUGAAAAUGUUUGAAGUCUAUAAUUACUUGAAUAUCAAUGAUGUUAUAUUUGUAAAUAUAUAAGUAUUAUACUUAAAUUAAUGAAAACUAACUAAUUUUCAAUUCUGUAUAAUAAAUCCUAUAGUUUAAAUGAAUAGGUGUACCUAAACAAAAACGAUCUUUAAGUCAUGAAAACCAUUUUUGCAGAAAAUCUGUAUUAGGUCUGGUUUCACCAACAACAAAUAAAUCAAUGAAUAGCUAGAGUCGGAAAAAUGAAAGAAUACCCAUGAACGAUCACAGCAAUCACAUAUUUUGUAUUUGCUGUUUUUUUUUAAAUAAAUAACAAACCAGAGAGAUAGAUUAUUAAUAAUCUGAAUAAUAUGUGAUUGUUGUUAUAGUUCAUGGGUAUUCUUUCAUUUUUCCGACUGUAUUCGCCGAAUAAAAUUUAUUAGAUGUUUAUAUUUAGAUUUGGUUUCAGUAAAAUUUUGAUAAUUUAAAGUUAAACUGGCAAAUUUACUUUCUUAUACAUAUUUACAUUUACAGCGAGAUUAACUUGCCAAUUUAUUCGAAGAAUAAGUAUUUAUUUAAUAGAUAAGCAAAAUAAUUCUUAUUUUGACAUUAGUAAAAUGGAGAAAAAUGUCAGUUUAUUGAGAAAUGUUAGUUUAUUGGUCGAAUAACUUUAUUCAUAGAAUAAACUACUAUUUGUAGUUGGUGAAACCAGCCAUUGUCAUUUAAAUAAAUACCAAAAAAUUUAGGAGUGAUUUUUACACUUAGCAGUAAUGUUUGAUGUUUCACAGUACAAAAUGGUAUGUAUAUAGAUAUGAUAUUUAAGGUAUGAUUCGACAUAGGAGGCAGAUGGCAACUGCAAAAGGCAGUUACAGUUGUUACCAUGAGAUAUGUAUUUACUUUGCAUUAUUAUAUUAUAUACCUAGUUGCUAACAAUUAUACAAAUUAAUAGUGCAAAGUAAAUACGUAUGCCAUGUUAACAACUGUAGCUGACGUUUGCAGUUGCCGCCUGCCGUUGAUGUCAGAAUCGUACCUUUACAGUGAUGAGUGUGCUAAUACCUAACUGGCAAAAUAACUUAAAAGACUGAAAACAUAAUACCUUGUGAAAUGAAAGGAGAUGAAACUAGUAGAGGUGGGAAAUUUAGCGAUAGAAUCCUAUACAUUUACAUUAUAUUGAUAGUUUCCCACCUUUAGAUGUAACAAAGGAGUUUGGCCACUGUGACAGUGACAGUUUUAGGUCACAUACUACUCUGCUACAUCUAAAGGUGGGAAACAAUCAACAUAAUGUAAAUUCAUAGGUUUCUAUUGCUAUAUUUCCCAUUUCUACUAGUUUCAUCUCUUGUUAUUUCAUAAUAUUAUGUUUUCCAUUUUGAGUUAUUUUGCUGGUUCUUCGUGCACUCAUCACUGUAAGUAUAUAUUUAUAUUCUGCAACAAAAUAUCAAAAAUGAAAAGAAAACACUUAAGUAGAAUGUUUUUGUUUACACUGAUUUAAAUCAAACUUAAAAAAUAUUUUUUUCUCUUUCCACAAUUUUGCUAGUUUUGCCUGACCUUCUUCAUCCUUCUUGUAUGUAGGCUUUAAAGCCUGUUUCUUCUGCAUUAGCCUCCUAAAUUGUUUAAAUUAUGGCACCAUCUUUUUCUUGGUCUGCCAAUACUUCUUCAUCCAUUUGGUGACUUAUCUCGUGCUAUUCAUACUAUCCUAUCCUCUGCCAUUUUACUAAUGUGUUUGUUCCACUCCUGUUUCCGUUUUGUCACCCAUCCAUUUAUGUCUUAUACAUUGCAUGCUCUUCUUAUGUUUUCGCUUCUCUCCCUAUCCAACAGACUUUUCCCUGAUAUUUGUCGAAGUAUUUUCAUCUCUGCUGUUUCUAGUAGUCAUCCCAUUUUAGAUGUGCCAGGUCUUGUCUCUGUCGUGUAUGUUAAUAUAGGUAUAAUCGCUGCUUUAGGUAUAGAUUCUUGCUGUUGUGUCUUGUCUUAGGUGUUUAUUCUUCCAGAUUGUGUCAUUAAGAGAUCCUGCCGCUUUACUUGCUUUUAAGCUUUGUUGUUGUAGUUCUUCAACAUCUUCGUAACUAGUUAUUUCUAUUCCUAGAUAUCUAAACUUUGCUUCAUGCUUUAUUAUUUUCCCAUCAAUUUGGAUUUUACAUCUUAGUGGUUAUAUAGAUGUUCUCAUCUUCUUCUAUGGCACUACAGCCCAAAUUGAGCCUUGGUCUCCUUUAUUUUUUGCCUCCACCCUUGUCUUGAUGUUGUCAUAAAUUUGGUGUUUUCUCCUGAUAUUAUCAUAUUGUAUUUCUUGGCUGUUGUAUUGAAGAUGUGUGUUAAUCUUUGGAGAUCGUCUUCUGUCUCGGCGAUUAAUGCGGCGUCAUCUGCACAACAUAAUAUCGAUGGUGAAGGUUCCCAACCUCCUAUGUCAAUUUUUGGCUAUUUUGUUUUGUUACCCUAGAUUAGAGAGAAAUAUGUAUUAAAGCCUGUUUAUAAAUAUGUUUACAAGCUCCUAUAUCGUUAUUUUAUUAAUUGGCUUCUAGAUGGCCAUAUAUGAAAUAACUACAUAGGAGCUUGUAAACAGUAAAAAUACAUAUUAUUUCUCUUUAAUUUAGGGUAACAAAACAAAAUAGCCAAAAAUUGACAUAGGAGGUUGGGAGCUUUCACCAUCGAUAUUUGGAUUUUUCCCCAUUCCCCUUUGUUGUUUGGUAUGUAGCCAUGACCUUUACGUACUGCUUCCAUUAUUUCGUCCAUUAUUUUGCCUGACCCAGAAGUUCAAUUGCUUGAAUUGAUUUUUAUCUUGAAUUUAUUUUUCUCUUUAAUUUUGACUGUUGAUUAUUUAUGUUAAUUUGACCCAACUUUUUCUUGGUUGGUUUGUUGGUUUUUAAAUCUCAGUUUAGAUUAUGCUAGGAAUACACUCAUUGCUAAUAUGAUGCAGUAUCCUUAUAUUUUGUAUAAAAUUAUUGAUUUGUCCUAAUAAAUUCAUGCAUAUUAAUAGUAAUGACUAUUGCAUCAAGCCUAGUAGUUCCAUGGCUUGAUUGAUCAUUCUCCUCCAUCCGUUCUUGUCCAUUGCUUUCAUCCUACAGUUUGUGACGUUAAGUCUUUUUGGAUUAUCUACAUCCAUUUUCCACCUUGUUCUGGGUCAACCUCUUCUCUGACGUCCUCCUUGGCAGUAGCAUUUUUGGUAGUCUACCCUCUGACAUUCUCUGUAUAUGUUCUAGCUAUCUUAGUUGUUGGGUUGUUAUUAGUCCCAGUAUGCUGGGCUCCCUAUAUAACUCUCUCAGAUCUUUAUUUGUCCUUCUGAUCCAAAUACUGUUUUUACAUGGUUUUGUUCAUCAUAGUGUCAGUUUAGAAGUAUCAUUCUAAUAAUUUUUCUGCUUAUUUGUAGUUCUUCAAGUAAUUUAUACAGUUCCUUCCUUUUUUACUUUACCAAAUGCUCGUUUAAACUCUAUAAAUAAUAUGGUUGGUUUCUGGUAUUGGUAGCUUUCCUCUAGUAUCUAUUUGAGCAAGAAAAUCUGUUCUGUUGUGGUUCUUCCUUGUCUAAAGCUUGCUGGUAUUCACCUACUAUAUCUUCCAUUCCUUUUUUGAAAAUGGGACAUAUUGCUCCCGACCAUUCCUUUUUUAGGUACUUAAUUGUUCUUCAUUCCAUAUUUUUUUGAUUACCUAAUAUAUGCAUUUCCUCAUACAUGUGAUUUCCUCCAUAUUUAAACAUCUCAGUUAUUUGGUCGUUUCCUGGACUGUAUAUUAAAUGUUUAAUAAUUUUUAUCCCUCUACCUUUAUGGAACCUAUGGUCUAUUUUUAAAAGCAUACUUUUCUGCACAUAUAUUGCCAGCUUUACUUCUUGGGAAAUAGUUUUAACAGUGUCUGUAGCUAAUAAUUUGCCUAAUAGAAAUAUUAUUUUACCAGUCUUGGUAAUUAUUAUUUUUAAAUGUAUGUACUAGAAACAUUAUCUCCUGCAGCAAUGUCAUGAAUUCCACAUAUAAUAUUUCUGACUUCUUUGUUCCAUACUUUGUUUCUAAGAAUGCUGCUUACUAUAGAUAUAGAUCAUAAGGUUUUUAUCUUUAUAAAUUUGAUAUGUUCUUAUUACGAAUAUGAUGGUUAUGGUUUUGGUACUGUAUUUAAAUAUUUGUCUUAGGGCCGGUUUCACCAACAACAAAUCAAUGAAUAAGUAGUUAUUCAUCGAAUAAUAUUUAUUAGUCUAUUAUAUUUUUAUUGUGUUUCAAUACAAUUUUGAUAAUUUAAAGUUAAACUGAAGACUUAUCUUUGUUGUGGAUAUUUAAAGCGAAAUUAACUUGUCAAUUUAUUCGAAGAGUAAAUACUUACAAUAAAAUACUGAUAAAUAAAUAAAUGAAAUGUUAUUUGAUGUUGGUGAAACGUAGAUUUGUCAGUUUAUGAAUCGAAUAACUUUAUUCAUCGAAUAAACUACUAUUUGUCGUUGGUGAAACCGGCCAUUAGACAUGUUUUGUAUAGUCUUAUCUUACAUGCAGUUGUCUUCUACUGAUUGCUUAAGAUCAUCUUUAUGAAGUUAUGACAUUACUACAUAACUAUAGUUUUCGUUUUGUGAUAUUUUCCAUCAACUAAGUACAUACUUACAUUACUCCUUAAUGUUUUUGAUAACACACAUUCUUACAUGUUAAAAUUGUUUACACAUUUAUUUGGUUUCUACUUCUACUACAUCUCAGUUUAUAAUAUUCUCUGCUGUUUUCAGUCCUCCAGUCACCAUUUUCUCCUGUCACUCCAUAUGUCCUGUUCUAUGUUUCUUUCUCUUACAUCUUUGUCUAUUCCCUCUCUCAGACUUCUUUUUAUUUUUUUUGCUGAUGAAUUGGUUCAAGACAAUACUGUUAAACAUUGUAAUGGUGGAUUUUCUACCUGUCGUUUUUCUUUCUCUACUGGCUUUGUCUAAUGUUCCAUUGUGCAGAAUAUUGAUACCUAGAGAUUACUAGACAUAGCAGUGCUUUGUUGUGGUUCUAUUAAAGCUACUAUUGCAAUUCUACCUCGGUUUUGGUUUCUAGUUCCUUAAAAUCCUACUCUAUUCUCUACUAAAAGUUCUUUGAAAUAAGUAGGCUUCACGCCUACUUCUUCUGCUAUUAUUAUGUCUUUAUUGUUUUCUUUGAUUUUGUUUACUCUUUUUGGUUUCUACUUUAUAUAAAUUUCCUCGAAAUAUUUUUUUACUUUCUCCUUAUUUUUUAUUAGAUUAGAUAUUUUGUAUUAGAUAACUGAUAAUGAAUGAAUAUAUUGUGUGAUCUUUCUCUAUUUACUCUACAAUUACUCUAUAUUUACUUUUUUAUUGUCAAGUUUAGCUUGUUCGUGUAUACCUAUUUAUGUAUACUUAAAAUCUGCUUGUAGAAUUCUUCAAUUAAUUUCGUCCUUUUUAUUUUGAACUUAAUUUGAAAAAAAACUUUUUUACAUUGUACAUUUGUAAAAAUAUUUUGUGCAUAUCAACAUCAUAAUCAUAUCCUAUUUUAAUAAUAUCAUCAUGUAAAUUGCACCAUCUGUACAUUUAUCUCUUCUAAGGCCUGUAUUUUAUAAAUCCUGUUUAUAUAGUUGAUAUUCUAAAUCUUCUUUUUAUAGUUGAUAUUGUCUUACGAGCUAAUUAUAGAGGGGGCGGGUAGUUGAUGGUAUGUUUGACUAUUAUCUGCAAAAGUAUUUAAAAAAUAUCCAAAUGCCCCAAGCAAGCUUACCCUGGAUAAUAUUCUUGACUAAAACUAGAUUAUUAAUAUACAUUUGAAGCCUAGCAUUGGACCUUUUACCCUCCUUGUGUCAUUAACAUGUAUAUUAUUAGUAGUAUAGCCUGUUUACUUAAAAGCCGCUAUACUACCAAUCAUUUCUCUUAAAUAUUAUUUUUACUUGUCUAUUACAUUGGGUGGAUAUAACUUAGGUAUAUUAAGUAUUACUGCCUAUAUCAUCCUGUUGUUUCCUUCAUACAUAUAUACAAGUAGACUGGCUUUAUUGUUCUAGUUCUUCCAACCAUUGUGCUUAAAUUUCAUAACUUUUGUACCUAAAUAAACAUAUCAUUUAAAACUUGUCUCAUAUAGUUAUAAACUUAGUUUUAGAGUAAAGAAAAUUUUUUUUGAAAUGAUUGUCGAUAUCAAUAUUUCAUUAUUUAUACCGAGCAGACAGGCGUUUUGAUUCAGAUCGGUCUUCUUGCAAAGUCCCCUUGAUAACGGGUAAUCCUAGAAACACAUGUCGGGGGAUGGCAAAAGACACAAUUUGAAUAAAAACGAAACCGUUUAUUUUCGUUUUAAAACAAUUUUUGUUUUGUGUCACUUUUAAAAAACAAAUCAAACAAUUUCAAUGGUAGUUUUGAGUUCAACUUCGGAAAUACAUCAUUUUCUUAGAAAUUUGUAGUCUAUAGUUUAUUUAUUUAAGGUACUUAACCAAUUCUUAUUUAUUGAGAUUAAUAUUAACAAACGUUUUUCUAUUUGAAUCUACUUAAAGACUGAUUUGUAUGAUAUACCCAGUGUACAUUUUUAAACAUUUUUUAAUAGUCAUCAGAGUUUGGACAAUCUAGCCAAAGCAGCAAAUAACAUAAAUAAGUAUUUAUGACCUGCAUAAAAUAGCCCGGUUGUUCUUAUUGAACCACUUUCUCAGGUUUUGAAGCCAAUAUAUUAUUCUUCUCCCUCUACGCUACGCCUCUACGCUAUUAUAUAGCAGCACCGACCAUACGCAGCACUUGGUAAACCUUACCUUAUCAGUUGAAGAUCGAACUCUGAACAGGUCAGUACCUUUCAGAAUUUUACAAAAGCUUGCUUAAUGCGACAAUUUACUUCCCUGUCCGAUGCUCAAUCUUCAAAAAGCCACGUUCCCAGCUAUUUAAAUUUGCUGACUUUUUCAAUGGACUUGGUAUUCAGUGUUAUGGUGAAGUUUUCAAGUGCAUCCAAGUUUCUGGAGAUGAUCAUGAAUUUGGUCUUUUUGUUAUUUCUCUAAUCCCAUUCGCUUACUGUCAAUAGUAUAGUAUGAGUAUGAGUCAGUGUAGUAAAAUGUAGGUCCAAACUCAAGAAGACUAUAAGCUAAGACUCAGUCCAAGGCUUUUAUAAUCAGUAUCUUUUCAAUUUAUAACAUGUUUAGGUAUUAUAUGAAAAUAAAAUAUUCAGACCUCUUUUAAAACAUAGUUUAACAUCAAGCAGGUAAGUCCAAUAUUCUGUUCAACAUCACAAACUUUAAAAUAUUUUUAUGUACACCAAGGAACACCUUUAUCGACUUUUGUUAAUUGAACGUUAAGAAAUCUGUGAUACCUAGAUGUAUUUUGACUAAAUGUAUCUUUAUCCAAUCUUUAAAUAUAGCACCCAAAAUACGAAAAAAUGUAUUUUUCAUGUAUUAACUAAUAAAAACUUGAUGUAACGUGUACAAUGUUUUAAGAGUGUUUGUGACUCAUUAAAUGAUUCUGAAUAUCUUA